AUGAGGUCAAACAAUCCUUAUAACAACACUUAUGGAUCAUUAAUUGAUUCAUUCCAAGUGAAUCAUAAUGACAAGACAUUGAGGAAUAGUCCUUCUGAUCAUACUAUUCAGAAGAGAGUAUUCUCUACUACAUUCGAAGAUGAUGAGGCUGCAGAUUCCAUGAUGAAUGAAGUCGUGAAUGGUUCAUCUUGUUCUACCAUGAUGAUGGAAUUCAAUAGUAAUUACCCUCAAAGAGAUGAGACCGUGAUGAUGGAAAGUCAAGAGAUGAAUUGUUUUGAUCUCUCUUCCUUACAACCACGUCAUACAGGAUCCUCUUUUCCAUUGACUUGCUCAAAUCAUCAUGAUGAACUCAAUGGUUCCAUCAUGACAUCUCUUCAUCGCCCUGAAUAUACUUUUUUGGAUGAACCCAUGGAUGCUCUGAUUCAUCAUCAUCCCUUCAAUCCAGUCAGUACUACUACUACUUCUACCACUACUACAACCAAUUCUUUUUCCUCAACUUCAUUUGGUAGUAACAACUCAAGUGCCAAUACAUUGAAUUCUUUCAACCCUCUCCUUCUCAUGGUUCCCAGCUCAAGUGUUGAUUCCUCUCUAUCCUCUUCCUCAACAACCACGACAGAUUCCUCUCCUCUCUUUCCUUUGAAUUUAUCGUUUGAUGAAGCUGAAUUGAAUGUCAUUGAAAAAGCCUUCUUCUUUCAGCCUCAAAUAUCCUCUCCAUUGAUUCAGCCUCAACAACAACAACAAGCACCAUUCAUGAAUGAGGAAGAAGGAAUCAUGAUGAUUGGUUCUACAUCCACAGCUGCUGUGAUACAUUCCAUUACAGAUGUUGAUGUGGAUCCACAGCCUCAACAACCACCAUUCAGGAAUGAUCCACAACAACAGCAACAACAACAGAACCACACUCAAUGUUUGUAUGAAGAAUCUCCAACAAUGAUCGGUUCUCAGCAAUCAGUAAGGACCACCUGUUACAACCAAUCAAGUCAUGCGACCACUACUCCACAAGAUGCUCACCAUUACAAUAACCAUUCCUCCUCUCAAUACUUACAACAAUCACUCAAUUAUAACAACCUCCAAAAUCUCAAUUAUAACAACAAUAACAAUCACAAACAACAACAACAACAACGAACGCGUACCUCAGUAGCCAAUCCAUCCUCUCAUCGGAGAAGAAGUCAAAGUUGUAGUUCCUUUUCAUCCUUCUCAAACAAAAAUCCUCAACCCACCAAUGCGAGCCUCUAUAUGAAUUUCAUUCCUUCCUCGUCUUCUUCCUUGUAUUCUCAACCAUCCUCUUCCUUAACUUUGAUAACCUCAGAGCAUUCGGAAGAACCACCCAUCAUGACCUUAAACAAUAGCAACACUUUUACGGUACCUUCUCAUCAUCAUCAACGAACCUUUUCAUCUUCUCCCAAUUCCUUUUCAACCUCCCCUCCUUUCAUGUUUCAUAGUUUUCAUCCCAAUAGUGGUGGAAUGAAUUCCCCAAGUGAGCUGAAUACCAUGAUGAAUCAGGCUUCUCUCAAUAGUCCAAGUAGUUCUACCAGUAGUAGCAUGAAUAUCUUGAAUGGAAACAAAAUCAAUUCUCCUUCAUCUUCUUCUGUUUCAGCGAGUGCUUCACCGACGUUGGACAAUGCAGCUGUGAAGAAGAAGAGAAAAUCCAAGUUGUUUAGAGGUCAUUUUCAAAGUACGAGUACAUUCCGAAAAGAUGACAAGUGGCAAUUUCAUGGACAAGAUGAUUCCAAUGAUUUAGUGUUUUAUCACUUCUUGCCUUCAUCUGCCAAGCAGAAAAAGAAAGAAAAGAAUUUGCAGCAAUAA